UUUUAUUCUUACAGCAGUGUACCACCAUCACUCAAGAUGGACUCGAGACCUCCUAACCUGCUGCUGCUGCUGCUUCUCACCAGCCUCCUCCACUUCUCACAGUGUGCCACAGAACAGUCGUCUUACAUUAUAGAUUCCGUUGGCCUGACAAUCCUGCCCAGCAGCACAGUUCAGAGUGGGACACCGGUGACCGUACGCUGCCAGGUCAGCGUCAGUCAUGACAGCAUCCCAAACCUGACACAUACUUUCCAUCUUACACGGGACGACUAUUCCAUCCACUACUCUACCACCACAGAAGACUCAAUCGUAUAUGAACUCAGCCCAGCCAGGGCAGCCGACUCUGGAAAUUACGAAUGUCGGGUCACAGUCAAAGACAAGAGCAAAACCAGCCUCAACCGAAAACUCGAUGUCACAGGCCUGCAGACCCCCAUUUUGUAUCUGAAUAAGACUACAUUCUAUGAGGGUGACGAAUUCAUAGCCACUUGCAGUGCUCCAGAGGAGAAAGGAUCCCUAGUGUUCCGUUUUUUCAAGAGAUUUAGAUACGAAGAGCCUCAGAAGAUGAAGCAGGUAGCACCCACUGGGAACUCAUCGGAGACCACGCUGGUCCUGAAACAGGUUGGAGAUUAUUUCCUGUACUGCGACUAUGAGAUCAAUAUGGUUCAUGGGACCAGACGCUCCAACUACAGCAACGAGAUUCGAGUGAUAGUCAGAGGACUCUACAUUUCCCCGGUCAUGAAUGUGCUGCCCUCUUCUCAUGUCUUUGAGGGUGACAUAAUGGAGGUGGUCUGUAAAGUGGUGAGUUCACUGAAGAACGUUGAAGUAUUCUUGACAAGGGAAAGGAGGAUCCUCAAGAAAGCUCCAGUCAGCCUCAGUCAUCGAUUCAGAGCAGAAGAAGGCGACUCUGGGGAGCUCACGUGCAAGGCAGAGUUGGGCAAUGUGCAGAAAGAAACCUAUGAAAUAAUCAAAGUCAAAGAGCUGUUUUCAAAGCCACGCCUGACUGUGCAGCCUGUAGACAUAUAUGAGGGAGACAGCUUCAAACUGACCUGCUCUGUCUCUUUUUAUGUUCCUGAGAGGAUCAGCAAUAGAACCAUGCAGUUCUCCAUCUACAAAGAUAACGUCAGCGUCACCUCUUCAAAGACAUAUAUUGCCAUGGCACACCCAAAUACAACUGGCAACUACACGUGUAAAUUCCAGGUUGCCUCUCUUGAACACACUCUCGUAAAAGAAAGCCAAAACCUUGUUGUUAAAGCUAAGGUUCUUGUUUCAAAACCCGUGCUGAGUGUUGUUGGCGGUACGCUUGUGUUGGGGAAGCGCUUCCAGCUGCUCUGUCACAGUGACAAUGGCACUCUGCCCAUCACGUACACUUUGGAUGGCCCUGGCGGGCUGAAUGGGCAAAGGGUGGUGCGCAAGGUGGGAGAACAAGCCAUCUUUGACUCCUCAGCCAUCUUUAACAGCCUCGAAUUAAAUAACUUCAAUUGCCACGCGCAAAACAAGCCAAACAACUCUCCCAUGGCAGGAACAGUGCAUCAGCUGUUCCAUUCAACCAACGUAAUAGAGCCUGUGUCAAAACUAGUGUUGACCAUACUCCCCAGCAUGGGGGACGUCUCUGAGGGGCAGGAUGUGACUCUCACCUGCUCUGUUGAGAGAGGCACUCUUCCCAUCACCUUCACCUGGUAUCAUGCUGAGACAGGGAUUAAGAUUUCUUCUAAGGUCUCCAAGAAACUGAAAGAAUCCCACUUCAUACACAAUAUCAAUGGAAAGCAUAAAGGGGGAUACUACUGUGUGAGCACCAACCCGGCCAAUGAAACUAAGCAGAGUCACACUGUCAUGAUUAAAGUGAAUUUGGCUGUCUGGAAGAAAGGUCUUAUUGCAGUCUUCUGCAUCCUGCUCAUACUGGCUUUUAGCUUUGUUAUCGCCUUUAAAACACGUCUCCUUCAAUUUAAGAGGAAAAGAACAGGCGAGCUGUCAGUGAAGUCAGCCAGCACCAAAGUAGAGCGGCUGAGCCUCACCCAGGCAGAGGUCAAUGAGGCUGCAAACGUCACACCAGGCAUGAUAGGAAAGAGUGUUUGGAGUGAACAUGUAUCAGGUUCUGAGUCAGAUGACCAGAGUAGUGUGAAUGCUAUAGAACCUCAAUACACAGAGGUCAAGACCAGACCGGCAGAUCCCAACAAAGCUCCUGUGAAGAAGGGCACAGACACAGUGUACGGCGAAGUGAGGAACUCCAAGCAAGGUGUUCCAGAGCAGGCUGAUGGUAGAGACCUCUCACGGACAGACACAGUGCAAUAAAUGGAAGCCCUGUGGAGUCAGGUUUUAUUGUUUGUAAACAGGUAACUGAAAGUAUUAUAUUCUUAGUUAUGUAGAACCCACUGUAAUGCCUUAUUUUACUGCUUCAUGAAUUUGUGAUAGUUUACUAAUAAUUACAGAGGAAAUGUCCCGAAAAGAAUCGUUUAAUUUGGCGCUAAUUGUGUUCAUGUUCAUUAUAGUGGAUACAUUUUCACACUCAGAAUUUGGACACACAAAUUUAGAUUUUUUUUUUUUUUAUUACAAAAAGCCUACAUCACAAACUGUAUUUGAAAGAUGUGGACAUUUAGCAGUUGGGAGGGUCAUAUGAAAGAAACUACCCACUAUUCAGCUAUUAUGGGAAAUGUAGUGUUUUGCUUUUGAUAUAUAUACUAUGGACUAAAAGUCAGAAUAUAUUAGGCUUUGCUGCUUUAAUUUUGAUCAUUUGUAAGUCCCUCAAUUUUAGGAAAGUUCAAUACUAGGCGCUGUUGUUCUGGAGACUUCUCGUCAGCUCAUAGCAGAUUAGCUGAACAUGCAAAAACGUGCAAUUUGCUUACAGGCAAGCAUACCAUUCAACAUAUGUGAGGACUAAUGUUUACAAUAAUAAAUGAAUGAUUAAUACAUUUUUACUUCAAUUUAAAUGGAGCAUUUCUUUCAAGGAAAUUUCUCUGGAAAUUAACAAAUGCUUUUACCGAAACCAACUGAAGUUAGAGCUUUAGAACUUUGUAUUUUUUUCCCUAUAAUUUCCUCAUAAUUUGUUCCAAAUUAUGUAGUUCUUUCCAGUAAACCUUCAGUUUACUUUCAGCAAACCUUCAAGAAAUGAUUAGGAACACUCUGAAACUGUAACUGUUCUUGUUGAUCACUCUGUUCAAGAUGAAUGAGUGGACAUCAUGUUAUCAAUCACAGAUAGCUCGUUAUAAGCAGUCAGUCUGUGUCAUGUAAAAAUUUUGUAACCAGUAUCAGUUUCAGUUAUCCAGCUCAAAUUAGAGCCAUUUUCUUUCUUCAUAUUAGCCUCGUGUUUCAUUUUUUUGUAC